AUGGGAUCAAUGAAGAGGAAAUCACUGGAAGACACAUCUACGGAGUUUACGCCUCCAGCUAAACAACAGAAAGAGAAUGUUUUAUUCGGCGGCGCGGAUGAGGUGGUAGCUUGCGUUCACGAUGUAUCAUACCCUGAAGGCCACAUUCCUCGUCCUUCAAGUUCCUUUUCAGCUCAAGAAGACUCGAAACCCGCAAAGGAAUUUCCAUUCACUCUCGACCCUUUUCAGUCCGAAGCAAUCAAAUGCCUCGACAGUGGUGAAUCCGUCAUGGUAUCGGCUCAUACAUCAGCAGGGAAAACUGUUGUGGCUUUAUAUGCAAUUGCUAUGUCGUUGCGGAACAAGCAACGUGUUAUAUACACUUCACCUAUCAAGGCACUCAGCAAUCAAAAGUACAGAGAGUUUAAAGAAGAGUUCUCAGAUGUCGGUUUGAUGACCGGAGAUGUAACAAUUGAUCCCAAUGCUUCUUGUUUGGUAAUGACUACAGAAAUCUGGCGUAGUAUGCAGUACAAAGGAUCCGAGGUUACUCGUGAGGUAGCUUGGAUUAUUUUUGAUGAGGUACAUUACAUGCGUGAUAGGGAAAGAGGGGUGGUAUGGGAAGAGAGCAUUGUCAUGGCCCCAAAGAAUUCUCGAUUUGUAUUCCUAUCUGCUACAGUGCCCAAUGCAAAGGAAUUUGCUGAUUGGGUUGCGAAGGUCCACCGGCAACCAUGUCAUAUCGUUUACACUGAUUAUAGACCAACACCCCUUCAGCAUUAUAUCUUCCCUUCUGGAGGUGAUGGUCUGUACUUAGCAGUGGAUGAAAAGGGAAAAUUUCACGAGGAUAGCUUUCAGAAAGCUUUAAAUGCUCUUGUACCUGCUAGUGAAGGUGAGAGGAAAAGGGAAAAUGGAAAAUGGCAGAAGGGUUUGAUGGUUGGUAAAGCUGGUGAAGAAAGUGACAUAUUCAAGAUAGUGAAAAUGAUUAUUCAGCGUCAAUACGAUCCGGUGAUAUGUUUUAGCUUCAGCAAAAGGGAGUGUGAAUUUCUUGCAAUGCAGAUGGCAAAGAUGGAUCUAAAUGAAGAUGAAGAGAAAGUGAACAUAGAAACUAUUUUUUGGAGUGCUAUGGACAUGUUAUCUGACGAUGAUAAGAAGCUACCUCAGGUUUCAAAUAUGCUGCCCCUCUUGAAACGUGGAAUAGGUGUGCAUCACUCUGGAUUGCUUCCAAUACUGAAGGAAGUGAUUGAGAUACUAUUUCAGGAAGGGCUCAUCAAGUGUUUAUUUGCGACAGAAACAUUCAGCAUAGGAUUGAACAUGCCUGCAAAAACUGUUGUCUUCACAAAUGUUCGAAAAUUCGAUGGAGAUAAAUUUAGAUGGAUAUCCAGUGGAGAAUAUAUACAGAUGAGUGGUCGUGCUGGUCGUCGAGGAAUUGACGAACGCGGGGUCUGCAUCCUCAUGGUGGACGAGAAGCUGGAGCCCUUUACUGCCAAAAUGAUGCUUAAAGGAAGUGCUGAUUGUUUGAACAGAUGGAUAUCCAGUGGAGAAUAUAUACAGAUGAGUGGUCGUGCUGGUCGUCGAGGAAUUGACGAACGCGGGGUCUGCAUCCUCAUGGUGGACGAGAAGCUGGAGCCCUUUACUGCCAAAAUGAUGCUUAAAGGAAGUGCUGAUUGUUUGAACAGUUCCUUCCAUUUAAGCUACAACAUGCUUUUGAAUCAAAUGCGAUGUGAAGACGGUGAUCCUGAGAACUUGCUCCGGAACUCAUUCUAUCAAUUUCAAGCUGACAGAGCUAUUCCAGAUCUUGAGAAACAAGCGAAGAUGCUCGAAGAGGAGAGGGAUUCAAUUGUCAUUGAAGAAGAAGAUAGUUUGGAGAACUAUUACUCUCUGCUACAGCAGUACAAAAGCUUGAAGAAGGAUGUUCGUGAUGUUAUUUAUUCUCCAAGGUACUGCUUGCCCUUCUUGCAGCCUGGCCGGCUAGUAUGCAUCCAGUGCACAAAGAGUGAUGAAAGUUCCGCAUCUUUCUCCAUAGAGGAGCAGGUCACAUGGGGAGUGAUACUCAAUUUUGAAAGAGUGAAAGAUCUUUCUGAAGAUGAUGCAAAUAAACAACCAGAGUAUGCAAAUUAUACGGUGGAUGUUCUCACAAGGUGUGCAGUCCGUAGGGAUGAACUUGCUAAAAAGACAAUCAAAAUAGUUCCAUUGAAGGAGCCUGGAGAACCUGUUGUUGUUUCCAUUCCUCUCUCUCAGAUUGAUAAUUUAAGUAGUGUCCGGCUAGUAAUACCAAAGGAUUUUUUGCCGCUGGAAGCUCGAGAAAAUACUAUGAAGAAGGUGUCUGAAGUUCUCUCCAGAUUUGCUAAGGGGAUGCCUUUAUUGGAUCCUGAAGAGGACAUGAAGGUUCAAAGUAGCUCAUACAAAAAGGCAGUCCGUAGAAUUGAGGCCUUAGAGAACUUGUUUGAAAAGCAUGAAAUUGCAAAGUCUCCACUUAUCGAGCAAAAGCUCAAAGUUUUACACAAGAAGAAAGAACUUACGGCCAAAAUUAAGUCAGUUAAGAGAACAAUUCGCUCUUCCACGGCAUUGGCUUUUAAAGAUGAACUUAAAGCGAGGAAAAGGGUCCUGAGGAGACUAGGGCAUGCUACAAGGGAUGAUGUUGUGGAGUUGAAGGGGAAGGUUUCUUGUGAAAUCAGUAGCGCAGAUGAGCUGAAUUUGACAGAACUCAUGUUUAAUGGAGUCUUGAAGGACAUCAAUGUAGAAGAGAUGGUAUCUCUUCUCUCUUGUUUUGUGUGGCAAGAGAAGCUUCAGGAUGCUCAGAAGCCCAGGGAUGAACUUCAAUUGCUCUUUACACAAUUGCAAGAUACAGCUCGAAGGGUUGCCAAGGUUCAGCUUGAGUGCAAGGUUCAAAUUGAUGUGGAGAAUUUCGUAAGUUCUUUUCGGCCUGAUAUCAUGGAGGCCGUGUAUGCUUGGGCAAAAGGGUCCAAAUUCUAUGAGAUAAUGGAAAUCACACAGGUUUUCGAGGGAAGCUUGAUCAGAGCUAUCAGAAGACUGGAGGAAGUUCUUCAACAGUUGAUACAAGCUGCAAAAUCCAUUGGAGAAACAGAGCUUGAAGCCAAAUUUGAAGAUGCUGUUUCCAAGAUCAAGAGGGACAUCGUCUUUGCCGCAUCACUUUACUUGUAGACUGAAAGAUUCAGUCAUAUUCUGAUAUGUCAGGGGAUUCAGAAAGAUAAGGAGAUACAAUUCUUUCAGAAGUUUUGGCGAAUCUGCAAGCAGAUGCAUAUGACGUUGCUGUAAAAAGAGAUGGAGAUCAGCUGGGUCAACGAGCAUUAUAGGGUGUGCAACAUUUUUGUUGUGGAACUUACAUGCUUGAAGGCUUGUCCUGGUUUGUUCAUGUCAAGAGCAGGAAGUGAGACGAUCCUCGACUUCAAGUUUAGGUACCAUAACAUCUAAAAUUCAGAGUGAAUUUGUAUUCUACUUGUCAACGAGCCUUCACACGUUGACCCCUAAUUUUGACUGAUUUUUCAGGCAAUGGUUGUGUGCCAUGACAAAUUCAGUUCUCAGCACUAUCCUCCAUAAUGUUAUUUUUUGCCGCUUGUAUAAUUAUAAGAGUAAUUAGUGGGACUUUUUUCUUUUAUUUCAAUAAAAAUUUUGUUCCAAUAGCGUUC